AUGAAACUUGUGCUCAAGAAUGGAUUACAAUUUGCUAUCCAUCACAUAAAUUUUCAUAAUUCUUACACGUCAUUGGCUCCAAUUUCUUGUCCUAGCCUCCCAGAAGAGUUGCUGGAAUUAAUCUUACAGCGGGUAACGGACAUUGUUGAUCUUUACCAGUGUAGCAACGUUUGUCAUUCAUGGCGGUCCAUUGCUAGGAAACAAUCAGCUUUGUUACCUCCACAGUUGCUUGUCCUCAGAAAUCCAAACAAUGUUAUAGACAAGAUACAGAUGAUUAAUAUGUUCACUGGUAGCUCCAGUGUGUGCAAAAUUCCAGAGUUCAACAAUCGUGAUGGUGUUCGAUACAUGCCCAUGAUUGUCAAGUCCUCACAUGGUUGGCUGGUAAUGAAUUGCAACACAUCCAAGAGUAGGAAAGUCAAGGGUCACCUUAACUAUAUCUGUCUCUAUAAUCCAUUGUCAAGGGAAGAGAUUUGGCUCCCUCCUCUGCUACUUAAUUCGGAAAACCCCAAGUUCGUUUUAUCAUCUAAACCAACAAAUCCAAGUUGCAUUGUUUUAGCUAUUCAUGAGAAAAAGUUGGUGUUUUGGAGAUUCGGAGAUAAGAAGUGGACAUUUUUGAAGAAUGUUGAGGAUUGGAUUAAUGAUAUCAUAUGCUACAAAGAUGAAUUCCAUGUACUUCAAAUGAAGGGAAACCCCCCUUACCCUGAAGUUCCAUACUUGUUACAAGUUAAAUUCAGUCCUAAAUGCCAUGUCAAAAGCAUUCCUACUAAGUCGAAUAGGUCAUUUUAUUUUGCAUUUAAUUAUCUAGUGGAAUCAUUAUGCGCGAAUUUGUGGACGGUUUGUAGAGUGUUGGGAAAUUUGGGCACUUUUACUUUGAAGUUUCAGGUUUAUAAAUUGCAUUGGAAGAUGAUGAAAUGGGAGAAGAUUAAAAGCUUGGGUGAUCAAGCAAUUUUCUUGGCUUGUAAUGAUUGUGUGUGCGUACAAGCUGAUGAAUCUACGGUAUACAAAAAGAACUGCAUCUAUUUCACUGAUGAUUUAUGUAAUGGACGCAGCCCUUCAAAGGAAUUUGGGACGUACGACCUGGGAAAUGAGACUAUGAAUCAUCUCCCUUUUCUGAAUCAUGAUAAGCCAUGCUACAGAUGGUUCAAGCUAGACAUAUAG